AUGAGUAGGGUAAGGGCAAAUAUAUACAUCAACACUGAAAAGCCGGUAUUCAUUACAAAAGGCAAAGACAACAAAGCAGUUAUUGCAAGUAAUAUAAUGCAAAUGACCGUGAACUCCAGUUUUCCAUGGUUGAUGGUGAUUUCAAGAAGUUUGAAGGAAAAUGGUCUGUCAAAUCUGGUCGUGCUAACUCCGACACAUUUAGCUAUUGUGAUGGAAUAUGCUGCUGGUGGAGAGCUCUUUGCAAAAAUUUGUAGUGCUGGUGGAUUCAAUGAAGAUGAGGCUCGCUUUUUCUUCCAGCAGCUAAUAUCUGGUGUUAGUUACUGUCAUUCAAUGGAAAUCUGUCACAGGGACUUGAAGCUGGAAAACACACUUUUGGAUGGGAGUCCAACACCACGUCUUAAAAUAUGUGAUUUUGGUUAUUCUAAGUCUGGUUUGUUGCACUCACAACCCAAAUCGGCAGUUGGAACACCAGCAUAUAUUGCACCUGAGGUCCUGUCAAGGAAGGAAUAUGAUGGGAAGAUUGCGGAUGUAUGGUCCUGUGGUGUGACAUUUACAAUGCUAUUAAAUGCUCUUGAGGAGGUGAAAAAGGUUGGCUUUUGGAUAUGCUCAUGAAGAUGACUUCAGUUUGACACAAAUUGCUGCUUUAGUCUAUGUUUUUGUUUGGAAAGAGUACUUUGUUUUUUUGGAUGCGUAAUGGCUGUUACUAGUUGAACUGAUGUGAAUUUAGUACUCUAUUGUUUGGAUGGAUAAUGGCUGUUAGUACUUGAACUAAUGUGGGCUUUGGAACCCAUUUUGGUUAA